AUUUCUUGAUCUCCAUACAAUGCUGCUGGAUGAAUACCAAGAGCGACUAUUCGUGGGAGGCAGGGACCUUGUGUAUUCCCUCAACUUGGAGAGAAUCAGUGACGGCUAUAGAGAGAUACACUGGCCUAGUACAUCUCUAAAAAUAGAAGAAUGCAUAAUGAAAGGAAAAGAUGCGAACGAAUGUGCAAAUUACGUCCGGGUUUUGCAUCAUUAUAACAGGACACACCUUCUAAUCUGUGGUACAGGAGCUUUUGAUCCACUUUGUGCUUUCAUCAGAGUUGGCUAUCAUUUGGAGGAUCCUCUGUUUCAUCUGGAAUCACACAGAUCAGAGCGCGGAAGGGGCAGAUGUCCUUUUGACCCCAGUUCCUCCUUCAUCUCCACUUUAAUUGGUAAUGAAUUAUUUACUGGACUCUACAGUGACUACUGGGCCCGAGAUGCUGCAAUCUUCCGGAGCAUGGGACGACUGUCCCAUAUUCGCACUGAGCAUGAUGACGAACGCCUGCUGAAAGAACCAAAAUUUGUAGGUUCAUACAUGAUUCCUGACAAUGAAGACCGAGAUGACAACAAAGUAUAUUUCUUUUUUACUGAGAAGGCCCAGGAGGCAGAAAACAAUGCCCACACAAUUUACACCAGAGUGGGGCGACUUUGCGUGAAUGAUGUUGGAGGGCAGAGAAUACUGGUGAAUAAGUGGAGCACUUUCCUAAAAGCGAGACUGGUUUGCUCAGUACCAGGAAUUAAUGGAAUUGAUACAUAUUUUGAUGAAUUAGAGGAUGUUUUUCUGCUACCUACUAGAGAUCAUAAGAACCCGGUGAUAUUUGGACUUUUUAACACUACCAGUAAUAUAUUUCGAGGCCAUGCUAUAUGUGUCUAUCAUAUGUCUAGCAUCCGGGCAGCCUUUAAUGGACCAUAUGCACAUAAGGAAGGACCUGAAUACCACUGGUCACUCUAUGAAGGCAAAGUUCCUUAUCCAAGGCCUGGUUCUUGUGCCAGCAAAGUAAAUGGAGGCAGAUAUGGAACCACCAAGGACUAUCCCGAUGAUGCCAUCCGAUUUGCAAGAAGUCAUCCACUAAUGUACCAGUCCAUAAAGCCUGCCCACAAAAAACCAAUAUUGGUAAAAACAGAUGGAAAAUAUAACCUAAAACAAAUAGCAGUGGAUAGAGUGGAAGCUGAGGAUGGCCAAUAUGAUGUCUUGUUUAUUGGAACAGAUAAUGGAAUUGUGCUGAAAGUAAUCACAAUUUACAACCAAGAAACAGAAUCAAUGGAAGAAGUAAUUCUAGAAGAACUUCAGAUAUUCAAGGACCCAGUUCCUAUUAUUUCUAUGGAAAUUUCUUCAAAGAGACAACAGUUGUAUAUUGGAUCUGCUUCUGCUGUGGCUCAGGUCAGAUUCCAUCACUGUGACAUGUAUGGAAGUGCUUGUGCUGACUGCUGCCUGGCUCGAGACCCUUACUGUGCCUGGGAUGGCAUAUCCUGCUCCCGGUAUUACCCAACAGGCACUCAUGCAAAAAGGCGGUUCCGGAGACAAGAUGUUCGGCAUGGAAAUGCAGCUCAGCAGUGCUUUGGACAGCAGUUUGUUGGGGAUGCUUUGGAUAAGACUGAAGUGCGACUGGCUUAUGGCGUAGAGAACAAUAGUACUUUGCUGGAAUGCACUCCACGAUCUUUGCAAGCAAAAGUUAUCUGGUUUGUUCAGAAAGGACGUGAAACAAGAAAAGAGGAAGUGAAGACAGAUGACAGAGUGGUUAAGAUGGACCUUGGUUUACUCUUCCUAAGGUUACGCAAAUCAGAUGCUGGGACCUACUUUUGCCAGACAGUAGAGCAUAGUUUUGUCCAUACUGUCCGUAAAAUCACCCUGGAGGUAGUGGAAGAGGAGAGAGUCGAGGACAUGUUUAACAAAGACUAUGAGGAAGACGGGCCUCACAGGAUGCCUUGUCCUGCCCAGAGCAGCAUCUCACAGGGAGCAAAACCAUGGUACAAGGAAUUCCUGCAGCUGAUUGGAUACAGCAACUUCCAGAGAGUGGAAGAAUACUGUGAAAAAGUGUGGUGCACAGAUAAGAAGAGAAAAAAGCUGAAAAUGUCACCCUCCAAGUGGAAGUAUGCCAACCCACAGGAAAAGAAGCUGCGUUCGAGACCUGAGCACUACCGCCUGCCCAGGCAUGCUGAACUCCUCAUGGGAUGAAACUGUCUACAGUCUUUGGAAAAAUUUAUAUUUGGACCUCCCUAAAAAAAGGAAAGAAUAAGAAACCAUUUAACUUCUCUGCAUUACUUAAAAGAUUUCUGUAAUACAGAAAUGACUACAAAGGUAUUAUAAUAAAUUAUUCUACAUACUCAUUUGACUGAAUGAACCUCACAUAAAAUUAACCAAUUUUUAAAAUAAGUGCACUGUUUAAUGAUUUCAUGUUAUAUUUAUCAAAAAAGGACCAUAGCUGUCAUUUUCAGUACUUGGCUGCUUUUCUGUGGCAUUUAUUACUAUUCCCUUGGAAAACUAAGAUGAUUAGAUUAUUGAAGAAAAAUUAGAGAAUUUCAUAAUCAUAGCAAAUACAAAAAUAAAUGUUUUAAUCUUUCUGAAUGUUUUAUUUCCAUCACAAUGUAAUAUAUGCAGAAUAUCAGCAUAUAAGAUAGUCUUUAACAUUCUCAUGUGAACUUUCUGUAUUUUUUAAGAAUUAUUCUAUUAAUGUUGUCUAAACCAUGAGUUUUAAGUAGCAGGUAUGUUUUGAUUACAGUAAACCAUGAAAGAAAAAAUGUGGUCACUCCGAGGCUUGUACCCUUCUUAAAGCAUCUAUUAAACCACCUUUACAAUAUUUUUGUUGUAUAGCAAAAAAGUCCUUAAAUUUCAUUCCAUUGUGCAAAAAAUGAAGCUAACUUCUCAGAAAGAUAUCAAAGGAUGUCAAAUCAGACAAAGUUAUAGUCAGAAUUGUAAAGUACUGUAAAAGAUGUUUGCUGCCCUCUUGUGAUAGCAAAAGUAUAUUCUCGGACAUUUUUUUUUUUUUCCUCUACAGAGAUGUUUGUCUAGGAAAAAUUUGAAAGCAGAUUAUCAGUAGAUACAUGUAGUCCAUUUCUGAAGACAACUAAUUAAAAUAAAAACAUGUUGUUCUUAUGGCAUGCUUUAAUAUUAAAAUGUUAUGUUUAUAGAUAAUUUAUUAUCUCAUAAAUCAGAAAAGUUUUCUAGCACUGAAGAUCUAUUAAAGUUUAAACUUUUAAGUGUCUAAAUAAUCUCUGAAAUCUAAGAGAUAUUAUGGAAACAUUUUAUUUGUGAAAAAUAUUAAAGUGUUUUGCUCUCAGAUAGCAAAUUUUCCUCUCUAUAAUAACAGGCAAAUUGUUUCAUGAGUUCACUUAACUACUGAGUUGUUCAGAGCGUUUUUACCU